GUGGUUUAUGGGCUCUCAUUCCUCCAGUGCGGCGUCUGGACUCUGUGCUAUUCCUCAGCAGCAGAGAAAAGAAAACCAGCACAACUCCAAAGUAAACUCUGAAGAGCUUGAAAAAGGAAUUGAAUCUUAAAACUGUUACUGUGCCCUGUAAGGCCCUUGUGCAGGGGACUUCAAAAGACGAUGAUGGUCAAGGAAGCUUUGGCAAGAGUGCUUACAGCUGUGGGCUAUCUAGGAUCCGAGUAAAUAGCUCUACAGCCCUUCAAGAGAGAGGAGUUCUGAAUACUGUGCUGCUUUGAAGAGAUCACAGUUCUCAUCCAACAGGACACAUGGCUCUUUUAAAGAAAAUUAACCAGAUAUUACUGUUACUUCUUGUCUUAACUGUGUGUGCCAUUUUGUAUAACAAAGUUCACCAAGUGCCAUCUGCAUUAAAGAAUGAAACAGUUGAUUUGGAGAGUCCUGAGGAAAUGGAAGAAGAAAUCCCAGUUGUAAUCUGCGCUGCUGCGGGCAGAAUGGGUGCAGCUAUAGCAGCAAUCAGUAGCAUCCACAGCAACACAGAGGCUAAUGUUUUGUUCUACAUAGUUGGGCUGAAGACUACCAUCCCACAUAUUCGAAAAUGGAUUGAAAAUUCUAAACUGAAAGAAAUAAAAUUUAAGGUUGUGGAAUUCAACCCUAUGGUACUGAAAGGAAAAAUCAGACAAGAUGCAUCACGUCCUGAGCUACUGCAGCCUCUGAACUUCGUUCGAUUUUAUCUUCCUUUGCUUAUCCAGAAACAUGAGAAGGUAAUAUAUUUGGAUGAUGAUAUCAUUGUUCAAGGUGACAUCCAGGAACUCUAUGACACCAAGUUAGCUCCUGGACAUGCUGCAGCUUUUUCAGAUGACUGUGAUCUGCCUUCUACACAUGAAAUGGUUAGAAGUGUAGGGAUGCAGAACACAUACAUGGGAUUCCUGGACUACAGAAAGCAAGCAGUCAGAGAUCUUGGCAUCAGCCCCAGCACCUGCUCCUUUAAUCCUGGAGUAAUUGUUGCUAACAUGACUGAAUGGAAACAUCAACGGAUUACAAAGCAGUUGGAAAAGUGGAUGCAAAGAAAUGUGGAGGAAAACCUCUACAGCAGCACCCUUGGGGGAGGUGUGGCAACCUCACCCAUGCUGAUUGUAUUUCAUGGAAAGUAUUCCACUAUUAAUCCUAUGUGGCACAUAAGGCAUCUUGGUUGGAGUCCUGACAGCCGUUACUCUGAGCAUUUUCUUCAAGAAGCUAAACUACUUCAUUGGAAUGGGAGAUACAAGCCUUGGGACUAUCCCAGUGUUCACACUGAUCUCUGGGAAAACUGGUUUAUUCCUGACCCUUCAGGGAAGUUCAAAUUAACUCGUCCUGAUAGCUGAUAAUGAAACCACUUAAGUGCAUCCAUAUGCUAUGUUUUGCAGUAUGUGAUAGUUUGAGAUGCAACAUGUUGUAUAAUUAAUUGAUUUUAGAAAACUAAGUAUUUGUUAAAUAUAUGAAUAAAUGACCACCAAUUUUGUGUGCUUAUGGCUGGAGAGGGAGGCUGGAGUGAGUUACACAGUUCAGAUUAUCUGGACUUUCACGUAAAGUGAGGAAACAAGUUUACUUGAUGACGAAGUAUUUUCAUUAAAUGUUUACAGAGCUUUGUGACUCCCUUCUGCAGUGUUUGUGUGUAGUACAUCUCUCAGUGUGGGUAGACCCCUGUGAGCAAGAUACAAAAGCACAUUCUAAGACACUGCAGUACAAUUCCUGAUUUUAUUGUGAAGCAGUGAUAGAUUUAAGACAGAUUAAGAACUUCUGUAUUACUGUAAUGGAAAGAGCACCAGUUCUGAGGGAGUACACAUAGAAUGGCAAUAUUUAGUGAAACGGUCAUUGUACACUUAACUGUAUUUUAUACCUAGAUAACCUAGUAGGUGACUGUUACAGAAGAGACCUUUCCCUUCCCAUCAAACAGGAUAGCUUUACAGUAGUUACCUCCUACUGUGCUACAUACUCAGCAGUGCUAAUUACAUGCUUCUAGUUUUGUUGAAAAAUAAAAUUGAAUUGUAACAAAUCCCUGAUGCAAGAUACUUUGAGCACCUGCAGGAAAACGUCCAUGUAAACAGCAAUACAUGAUACAGUACACUUUAAAUAACAGACAAGACAAGUCCUAUACCUUUUUGACAAUAUACUGAACAGCUUUAUGCUGAAGCUAAUAAACACACUCAGAACCCUAAUGCACACUUUCUUGAUUUAAGAUGCUCAGAAUUAA